AUGUCGGAGUCAGAUCGAGUCAGAUUGAAGCUGAUUCAAGACCACCCAAUUUCUAAUGGCCUCGACGCAUUCCGUACCUCUUUCAGGCAAAUCACGGACAGCGACAUCGAUCAGCUUACCACAGAGGAUGUGCAAGACGUCUUAUUUAGUCUUUUAUCAUCUCUUCGAAUUCUCCCCGUGUCCCGCCUUCUGCGAUCAAAAACAUUGGCACGUCGUACGGUUCGAGACGACAUUUUGCGCCUAAUCUCUAUUGCCACUGCCGACGAUUUCGAUUUCGACCGCAUCAAACCACUUCUCAAGGCGGCGCUUGCUGAUAGUCCACGCGAUGAGCUGAUAUGGGAUCUAGUUGCUAAGGCCGCCCUCGAAUCUACACCACCUCCUCGACCGAUAGUGUCUUCCUUCCAACAAACCCCGUGGCGACACAACACAAGUAGCUUCGCUAACUCGUCUGAAUAUCGACGAGAUGUCGACCGAGUCCUUAAGGAGGAGCUUGGUCCACUACAUGUUGGACUUUCGAGCUUCCAAGAUACGUUCUUUGGGAGCAUUGAGGGUCUAGAAACGGCAGCAGAAGCUGUUUUCCAGAGCUGCACCAGUGGCAAUGAUCCACUUUUUCAAGACGGUUGGGCGGGAUGGCCAAAUGACGCCAAUCAAGAUGAUGUUCUACAGUGGUUUACAGAUGUAACGACAAAGCUGAUGGCCCUUGCACAAUCUCACAACCCCCCUCAGACUUGUCGAAGGCCUGUUGCGCAACCUAGCAAGCCAAUACUAGGUUCUACUGGCGAGCGCAAGAUGGACAUUGGUUUCGUCAGCGAUCCAGAGGCUGGGAAAGGCUCCCGAUGUCACUGGUCACAGAUACUCGUCCCCGGAGAGCUCAAAAGUAAUCCAUCAGCAGAUACCGCAGCGAAAGCAUGGCUAGACCUUGGCAGAUACGCGAGGGAGGUUUUGGCUGCACAAGACACGCGUCGUUUUGUACUGGGUUUCACUCUUUGCGGAUCCCUGAUGAGGAUAUGGGAAUUUGAUCGACUGGGGGGCAUCGCCUCCGAGCAGUUUGACAUCAACAAACAGGGGCAGCUAUUUGUAUCGACAAUUUUAGGGUUUCUUUGGAUGAGCGAGCGGGACCUAGGAUUUGAUCCUACAAUAAUCACACGUGGCGACGAGCGAUACAUUGAAAUCGAACGAGACGGCCAGAAACAGCACAUUAUCCUGAAGAAAGUUUUGAGGAGGGCACGGUGCAUUGCUGGUCGGGCGACUACCUGUUGGCUAGCCUAUGCUGACCAAGAGCCGCAAACUGCGCUCGUUGUUAAAGACUCCUGGCAAUACACAGAACGUGCGGAAGAAGGAGAAUUACUCCAGGAGGCGACAGAGAGAGGAGUUAUUAAUGUUGCCCGAUACUACUACCAUACUACAGUUCGCGUUGGUGAUAAGGACGAUGACGUUUUAGCGAAUAUUAGAAAAGGGCUAGACCUUUCAGAAGCCGUUAAUACGCGAUUUCGUCGCUCGAAUAAGUCAACUUCCAAUGCAAGCGCGACCAGCACACCGGGUCAAAGCCACAGCAGUAGCAUCGGCGUCAAGCGGCCAUCUAGCGAAACCAGCUUGCCGUUGCCACCUCGGAAGCGCUCCAUCUCAACAUCUCCUACAAAAGCCGGAAUGGAGCAGUUGUCAAAUCGAGUACAUCGGCGGAUCAUUCUUUGUGAUUAUGGGGUUCCACUAUACGAAGCAAGCUCCCGAAUAGCCCUACUUGCAGCUAUGGAACGCUACAUUGAAGGUCACGAAUCACUGCUUAAAGCUGGUUUUCUGCACAGAGAUAUCUCAAUCAAUAAUCUCAUGAUAGACGAAGAUAAAGACAAAGCCUUUUUGAUCGACCUUGAUCUUGCAAUUAGGGUGCCGCGGGUAGACGCGACUGGGGCGAAGGAGAAGACCGGUACCAGAGCGUUCAUGGCCAUCGGGGCACUUCUCGGUGAUGAGCAUUCCUUUAUGCACGACCUAGAGUCUUUUUUCUGGGUUCUCUUUUGGAUUUGUAUCCAUUACGAUGGUCCGGGUAAAGAUAUAGGUUCUACUGAGUUCGAUAGCUGGAACUAUGAGAAGGACAGCAGGUUAGUUCAACUAAAAGUUGGUACAAUAGGUGAUGAGAGCAUAUUUUUAAAGAUCGCGGGUGACAACUUUACGCCUUUCUAUAGGCCUUUGAUUCCGUUGAUGAACAAAGUACGGAAAAAGAUUUUCCCCCAUGGAGAGACGUGGAGGACGGAAAACUUUGGGAUGUAUCGCAUGAUCAAAGAAAUUUUAGCCGAUGGUCAAAGUGACCCGGAUGUGCUUUAG